GGGGGCGACGGCGGCUGCUGUGUGGAGCUGUGCCCGGCUUCGAGGCUUGGCCAGCGCGGUCUCUGCGGGCGGCCGGCCCCACCCCCGGAACCCGGCCUGAGAUUGAUGUAGAUUCAGGGUUGGCUGUCAACAAUGUCAGCCUAGCUGUCAUCCUCAUGUGCCCCAGUGGAAGAGAACGUGGUGGUGUUUCUGUCGUACCGGUGACUGUGGGAAAUCCUGGAUCCACCCAGCGGCUCUAUCAGGAGUUAAAGAUCCAGAAGCAAUAGCCUAAGGGACUUGUUGGCCUCCAGCAGGGUAUCCAAAACAGGCCUCCCAGCACUGGCCGGGGGAGAGUUGAAGGUGUCUGUUUUGGGGAGAGCAACUGGCUGACCCCCAGUGGCACCGACGUCCCUGUGACAGCACUGCCAGGAUCCAGGCCAUCUGAACAGACAUCUGUCUCAUGGAGCCUCCAGGGGAGAAGCCAGGAGAGGCAGGCAGGCUGCGCAUCACGCCCCAGCUGCUGAAGUCACGUACGGGCGAGUUCGCCCUGGAGUCCAUCCUGCUGCUGAAGCUGCGAGGCUUAGGGCUGGCCGACCUGGGCUGCCUGGGAGAGUGCCUAGGCCUUGAGUGGCUGGACCUGUCGGGCAACGAGCUCACCCAGCUGGGCCCACUGGCAUCCUUGCGCCAGCUGGCUGUGCUAAAUGUCUCCAACAAUCGGCUGACCGGGCUGGAGCCACUGGCAGCCUGUGAGAACCUGCAGAGUCUCAAUGCUGCGGGCAACCUGCUGGCCACUCCGAGCCAGCUGCAGUGUUUAGCCGGGCUGCGGUGCCUCGAGCACCUGCGGCUCCGAGACCCUCUGGCCAGGCUCAGCAACCCGCUCUGCACCAGCCCUUCCUACUGGGCUGCGGUCCGGGAGCUGCUGCCUGGCCUGAAAGUCAUCGACGGUGAGCGUGUGACCGGGCGCGGCAGUGAGCUCUACCAGCUGUGCCGAGACCUGGACAGCUCCUUGCGCCCCAGCUCCAGCCCUGGCCCCAGAGCCACUGAGGCCAAGCCCUGGGUGGAGCCAGGGUACUGGGAGUCUUGGCCCACCUGGAGUAGCUCCAUCCUGGAGGAGGCCUGCCGGCAGUUCCAGGACACCCUGCAGGAGUGCCGGGACCUGGACCGCCAGGCCAGCGACAGCCUGGCCCAGGCUGAGCAGGCACUUAGCCCCGUGGGCACCACCUCUUCCUUUGUCUUUUGAAUGUGUCCCAUGGCCCAGGACAGCCUGGCAGGUGGCCUCACUGCCUGUAUCUUCCCUCCUUGCCUUUGAACUUGUCUUCAGUGUUUCCCCACGCUGGUCACCGCCCGGUCACUGGGCUAUUCAUUUAUCUCUGUCCUGAGAGCAGCCCCUCCCCCUCUCCCCUCAAGGACAUUUCUCCACCCUCCCUGCAAGU